CCGUAUGUAUUUGUGGAACUUGUAUGUAGACAAACACAGAGAGCCGUGACGUCAUGUAGGAACGCAGUCUCGUGUGGAACUUGCAUGUAGACCAACACAGAUGUGCCAUGACGUAACGGCAUAGGUGUGCCGCGACGUCAUAUAGAAAUAUAAUCUCUUGUAUUAGCAUAUAGAAUGGAUUGUAAUACAGGGAUCCAUAUGGCAUUAGAAGAAGAGGGAUAUUACGACUGUCCAUUUUGUGAUCUAAGGAUAGCGGAGUACGUGACUAAGGGAAAGUCGGUGAGGUUCGAGUCUCUUGGAGACUGAUGCCGUCACUGUUGAAACAAUGGCACUAACACCUGCAGAACUCUUAAAGGUACAGCCACAGGGAUCCCAACCCCAGUCAACCUAGUCCCCAAUGCCCCAGCUGACAGGGCUACUGAGAGAACCUGACCCGAUAGCUAUUUUGUUUAUAAUCGACCGAGCUUUCGCGUACUUUUUCCUAACUCUUUGGUGGUGUUCGAGGUUUGCGCUAAUAGAGUUCUUAAUAGAGCAGAUUUGUUGUAGUCUGAAACUUUUACCAUUGUCUUCCUCGGUUGGGAUGGUUGGGUAAAUUUGGCCGCAUCUCUCAUGUGGUCUUGCUUCGUACAUGUUGUCCAUUAUAUUAUAUGGUAGUCUGAAACUUUUACCAUUGUCUUCCUCGGUUGGGAUGGUUGGGUAAAUUUGGCCGCAUCUCUCAUGUGGUCUUGCUUCGUACAUGUUGUCCAUUAUAUUAUAUGGUUAGAUAAUCUCUAUGUACGUUUCUUGUUUUUGGCUAUCGUACAUGUAUUCGACAUCGCCGGAUAGCUCCUCGCACAUUACGUUGCUAGUGAAAAGCGCUGGGUUAGCACCUGUCUCGGUGUUAAUGUGUAGGACGGUUUCAUUAGCACCCCAUACGUAAAGCAUGUGCCUCAGCUGAAAGUGUCUGACUGUUAUCAAAUACUACACCAGUGCUGGUGUGUAGGUGGUCUCUAGGCAUGAUUACACCCCAAGAGGCGCCUACUUGGUUACUAGACGCUAGAUGUUCUGCCCAAUGAAUUGAUAAGAGGCGUCCCCAACGCUCCGCUUCCAAGUGAAGUAGAACAUCGGGUCGGUGGACACACCGAUGAUCUCCGUGCAGUAUAGGACCUCUCUCCAGCCAUCAUUGCCGAGUAAUAUUUUGGCUUGGUGUAUAUGUUUUGCUCUGUAUGAGGCUAUGUCGUCAGCGACUGACUCGCCGUUGUUUUGCCUUCGAUGCCGAAGGCAUACACUUGGAUUUUUUGGGGGCUUGGUGAGUUAUGUGAAAGUGAUAUUACCUAUGAAGUUACCUGUGUCGAUUACAGCCUCAAGGAAUCGGUAGCCUGGCUUCCCAUCUAUGGCGCCUCUCUUAAUGCUAUCCCCACGGAAGCCCCAUCCAGCCGUUUGGAUGUUGAUGGUAUCCAUCGUAAGCAUCACAUUUGGGUCUAUGCAGUAGCACUCGAUUCGAAUGGUGUAGCCUCAAGAUGCUGCAAGUCCGGUAGCGCUAUCGAUAGGUAGAUUGUUUCUUGUGCCCCAAUUGGGAUAUCGUCUACUAGGUAGAAGCCCUGAUGUUUAGGGUACAGCCCUUUUGAUAUAUAGGCUCCUCUAAUUAUUUUCAGGUUACAUGAUGUUGAGCUCCAAAGGCUUUGGUUGUUUAGAAACCAUAGUGCGUUGUGUGUGAUACAUGAUCUUUGUCCAAGUCUGAGGGCGUUGAUUUGUUGGGGUGUUAGAUUAUCGUAUGUUAGUGGAUCACCUUUUACUCCCUGUGCGCCCUGGUCUCCUUUGUCACCUUUGUCACACUUAACCCCUUGAAUGGCUUGGUCGUCUUUAUCACCUUUAUCACCCUACACCCUUUAGCCCAUGUAGACUAGCGUGGUAACUGGACAUUUCAGUCACUCUGACGUUGGCACUGCCAACCGUCUUUUCUACUAUGUUUAAUAUUACGUCUUUCCCUACUGCCCCAAGCUCGAAGGCUAUUCUCUUGGUCGGGCUGUAGAUUAUUGGGUAUAUAGUCUUGAACGACACCCCAUUGAAAGAGUGUCUGUAGUCGUGCCAUACCCCAGAGGAGUCCUUGAGCUGUGUCGACAAGAGGAGCGUCCCAAAGGUCGGAUCCGUUGGGUUGUAAGUAAUUAGCUCCCCAUUCCCCACGCCUGUAUUUAGCGCCGUCAUGCUGGUCUUAGCGCUUUGGAACCUCAGCCAACUGUCGUCACCCCUGUCUCCCCUCACACCUGGGGCUCCAGACGCUCCUGGCAGCCCUCGUUAGCACUUAGGGCCUUGCAAGCCUUGUUUAAAAGUUCCUCAAAAGUUCGUAGUUUAAUUGUCACGUUUGAUAGUGUCUGUGUGAAGUUGAACCGGUGUCUUUUAGUUCGAACUUACCGAUUUCCGUAGCGAAGGUCCCGUUUCUAACGUUUGGGAACUGUACCACGGUGAGCGACCCAUAGUUGUCAGUGGUUAGUUGAACAAACAAAACGAUCCAUUCGGUUAGACUGUUAAACUUAUGGUUAAAUUAACCGCUUGAUAUGGUAGUGUCGUAGUCGUAGUACUCUAUCUUUUGACCUGUCAGUGGGAUACCAACCUCGCCGAAUUUAAGCCCUUGCACCUUAAUCAGUCUAUUGUCUUGGCUCAGGUUGUUCUCUUUAAUCUCUAGGCUUGUGGUGGAUGUGACCUCCAGUUUGAUCUUGUAACUAGGGUUUUGUGCCUGCUUAACAUCGCUAUAGAACUCUGGUGUUUGACCGACUAAUUUGACCGUUGCCGUCCGGUUUGCAUAUCGUGUCUCUGAUACUGAGUUUAUCGACUUAACCCAUUUGAAAGUGAAGAUGACGAGAUCACAUUUUGUCAUGUCAAAGCCUAUAUUGAUGGCGCCACUCAAACUCCAAACAUCUGUAUCAACCUGACCGACGACGAUGGGUUUGUUACUUCCUGAGCUCCCGUCCCUACCAGGUGCACCUGGCGGCCCUUGCUUGCCCCGAGGGCCUUGGACACCAAGAUUCAAAUCUUGUGCAUUGAAUAUUCCCAUUAUAGUAAUACGUUAUACUAAACUCAGCCGUAGAAGUUUCUGGCUAUCUUCUUGUCUGGUUUACUCACAUACAAGAAUGAGUAUGGUUUACUCACUGAUUUACUGUAUUGUUCCUUGCUAACCCCAAGCUCACGAGUGAUCAGUCCUCUUUCGUUUGUAGAUGGGAAGUCGUAUACACAAAAGUGACUACAAUUUAACCUGACGUCCUUUGGUGUCUUAUAGUAUGAUUGACUUAGGUAUAUUACGCUGCAGUUCUUAUGCCGACCUCGAAUAAAGUAAUCGAUGAUUGGUGCCUGGUUCUUUUCACAUACGAAGUCGUCGAAAAUGAUUAUUUUUUGUCUCAUCAUCUAGCUCCCCCACGGGGAUGACGUCGUCACUACUACACUCGAUAACGCUGUAACCAAUUUGGGACUGAUGUCGCUAAAUGUGUGGAUGAGGUCUUGGUAUUUCAACUGCUCUAGGUUCUUGGCGUACAGUUAGAUCUUGUCGAAGUGGAUGAGGGGUAUCACUACCAUAUGGAUGAGGCAGUUUGACUUUCCCAACCCUGAAGGGCCUGAUAUCAAAAGUCGGAAGUUUCGCUAGGCAUGAAUUUGCAGAGCUGCUUGUACUUUUUGUUCGCUCCAGUGUUAGAGUCGUAUUAGGGAUGUCCAUUCGUAUACAAGUACCGUAGAUAAUUUGAGAUAAGUUGGGAUAAGUUCAGAUAAAUUUAUGCAACGUAUAUGUAUAUGGACAUUGCCAAUGCGAAGAAGCAUAUUAUCCCAAAGAUUGAAGCUGGGAAGAUGGUUAAGGUCGUCCAUGAGGUCAUUAAGGACGUAUCAAGCAGGAUGAGUAUGAGGGCCAAAAAGAGGAGUUCAAGCCCUUGGUUGAGAAGGAGGAUAAGGAGAUAAGCGAUCUUAGAGAGAAGUAUAUAGACUCUAUGAAUAGACCAAUAGUGUAUCCAGAGAGGCCGGCUAUCACCGAUGGGAGCGAGGCCGCCCCCAAAGAGGUGAAUGUAGAUGUGGGCAAUGACUUCACCGACGAUGAUAGGAAGAUUCUGAGUGACGCUGGGCUUCCUUUACCAAGUGUAGUGUGGGAUAGGCAGAUGCGUGAUGAUACAACAGUUAGUAAGAUGUUAGGUAAAAGAAGUAAACUGAACCAGGAUCUGGGGAAGAAGAAGGGGCGUCUCUCUGUUACUAAGAAGUCUAAGAAGAAACAUGCUGAUGUGAUAAGUCGCUUCACUAGAAGGAUUGAUGUGAAAAAGAGGUAUAGGGAUAGGUUAGGGAGUUUUGGGGAGGGGGAGAAGAUGGCUAAGUCAGGGAAAGGAUUGUAUAACCAACCAAAACGGAAUGCGUAUAAGAUAUCACAGAAUGGGCGAUACGGGACUUUAAAGAUAGACGUGCCGAAGCUUAUGGGUAACCUCAGACUGAUAGCCCAUAAGGACGGUCAGAAGGUGUAUGACAAAAGAGUCGACCUCGAUACGAUAUACAUAAUCACAAAGCGUUUCAAAAGUAGUAAAAAAUACAGCGACCUCUCUAGAAUGGUAUUCAACGAGUUGAAUGAGCUGGGUGAGCUCCCAAUACAUAGAACCUCAAAGAAGUAUUCAAAAAUUGGUUCAGGUGUGGUGUACUACAACGACCCCAAAGACCUUCUAUCUAGGUUGGAAUUACUGGGUGGUUCGAUUCAAGCGGGUAACGACUCAGUCAAGGGUGAGUUCUCCGAAGUCGCUCAUGUCCUAAGGAGAUUGGGUGUUAUCUCGAACGACCAACUUGGAAAGCUUUUGUCUAACUAUCUUGUAUAGAUGGAAAAUAUUGUAGAGAGAGCUGUGUACAUCUCAUCCCGUGAUCGCGAGGCACGUGGCGUCAACCGACCCGAUGAUUUCACUAUCAAAAUGAACCCGUCAUUACGGCUUUCUAACGACGCCAGACACGAGAUCGCCGUCGACAAGAUAUCGAUGCCCUACAGCUGGCAUAACAUCAAUCCCGAAUAUGGGAACGAUAGUGUCAAGUACUCACAUGAUGAUGGGGCGACUUGGACAACCGUCACCUUUUCGAGUGGGAUGUACUCAUACCAUGAUCUGAACGAUUUUCUACAUCAGGAUAUGAAAUCGAACGGUCAUGUAGGGGCUGCUGAUGGGAAAGACAAAUUCUAUAUCGACACCGUAUUCGUCCUCACUACCUACAAAGUCGUCGUCAUAGUCGGCGAUAAAUAUGAGCUGGACAUGAGGGGGACAAAAUUCGGCGAACUCACUGAAAAGUCAUCUCGAAGACUGAGUAUGGAUCUAAAUUACUCAACAUCACGAACAGCAUCGACACGCUCCACAUCAACACUGAUCUCAUAACCGACAGCAUUGUAGGAGGUCGCGCUAGUAACACGCUAUUUGUCAUACCGACAGACAACUUGAGUCGGAGCUACCCGUUCUCAGUCCAACCAACCAGAGCGCUGUUAAACAACGUGGCUGCCAAUUUGAUUAGCAGUAUUAGAUUCUACGUGGUGGAUUCUAUCGGUCGUCCUAUCAAUCUCAACAGUAUCGAAUGGCACAUGACUCUAAUCCUGAGGUCGAUAUAUUAGUCUAACCUAAUUGUAUAUGAGUUAUCAACAUGAGGAGAUAUGACCCCGAUGUGGGUAGAUAUGUGUUGAAGCAUAUCUACGGCGGGGGCGUCAUUGACUCGAUAACUAAUCUCGGCCGUAAGGUAUUUGGAAAGACAGCAAAGAAGGCUGUAAAGGAUGCGACGAGUAAAGCAGUCUCAACCGCUAUAAGCAAAA